GGGUCCCCAGGGGGCCCCCAGGGGCCCCUGGGGGCCCCUGGCCCUUCAACGUUUCGUUUAGAUUCUGAAGACAGCAGCAGCGACCGGCAGGGGAAGCGGCGGCGACGACCUACGGCCUCGGUGGCGCAGCUGCCCACAGGGAGAGUUGCUGCUCUGCGGCAGCGGCUGGAGCGCCGCAUAGAGCGGAAGCGGCGGUGGAGGCCCUGGCCUUGUCAUCCCGACGCAGCUUCCGCCAGCUUCACAGCAGCCGUUCGCAGCAACGACCGCGAAGCCACGCAGCAGCAGCAGCAGCAACAACAACAGCAGCAACAACACAAGCAGCAACAACACAAGCAGCAACAGCGGCAGCAGCAACAGCAGCAACAGCAACAGCAGCAUCAGCAGCAGCAAGGAGUGCAGCUCACGACAAGGACCCCGCUUCCGCCCCAGUCUAUGAAAGCGCAGCAGCGACUGCUGACCGUCAGGCAGCAGUAG